UGUAGAAGCAUUAUACAUACAUAUGGAUAUAUAUAUAUCUACAUAUAUAUAGGUAUGUGAGACUAAUAAAUGUGUGGAGAAUCGAGGCUACGAUUUUGAGACAGUCGGCGUGGCGCGCCUUCAGCCAAAUUAUAACGUCACGACAAUGGAAAGGUUAAAAUGGAGCAGUACCACAUUGAUGAUAUUAUUGUUCGUGCUUCAAGCCAAUGGCUUUUAUGUACCCGGGGUGGCUCCCGUAGAAUUCAAGAAAGGUCAAAAAAUUGAUGUCAAAGCUGUGAAAAUGACUAGCAUCCAUACUCAAUUACCGUAUGAAUAUUAUUCGCUGCCAUUUUGCAUACCAAAAAAUGGCACGAUAUACAAAUCCGAGAACUUGGGUGAAGUCUUACGAGGCGACAGAAUUGUAAAUACGCCCUAUGAAGUCACAAUGGCAGAAAAUAUCACCUGUAGAUUAUUGUGUCACCAUCCAACCGAACUCAUGAAUUGGAGUGAAGAAGAAUCGCAGCGAGUUAUAGAGCGCAUACAACAUGAGUAUAUAGUUCAUCUAUUAAUCGAUAAUUUGCCAGCGGCAACAAGAAAGAGUCAUAAAGAAUCGUCAAGCGCAAUGGUUUACAACGGCUAUAGAUUGGGUGAAGUCAUUGGCGGUCGAGCUUACAUAAACAACUAUCUGAAGCUUAAAUUAAGUUGGCACAAGCACGGAGAAAACGCUUUUCGUGUUGUUGCUUUCGAAGUCGAGGCACGGUCCAUUGACUUGAAAGAACUACGAUUCGAAAGAAACACUUGUGUGCUACCUGAACAGCCGACUCCGCAAUUAGUCAAUCCUAAAGGUACAUCCUUACUUUUCUUGUACUCAGUCGAAUGGACAGAGUCCACAACAAGCUGGGCAAGCAGAUGGGACAUUUAUUUAGGAAUUAAUGACAUCGAGAUUCACUGGUUUUCCAUCAUAAAUUCUCUCAUCGUUGUUUUUUUCCUCUCUGGAAUUCUCACGAUGAUUAUGGUAAGAACACUCAGAAGAGACAUCGCCAGGUACAACGCUGGUGACACGGACAGCUUGACUGGUCUUGACGAGUCCAUUGAAGAAACUGGUUGGAAAUUAGUGCACGGUGACGUUUUCAGGCCACCCACAAAUUCUCGGCUUUUCGCUGCUGUCAUUGGAAACGGAAUUCAGAUUUUUUUUAUGGCCCUGAUUACUAUUUUUUUCGCGAUGCUGGGAAUGUUAUCACCUGCGAGCCGAGGUGCCUUGGCAACGUGCGCUAUAUUUCUCUACUUCUUUUCUGGCCUGAUAGCGGGAUAUUUUUCAGCCCGUUUAUACAAAACGAUGCGAGGCAGAGAAUGGAAACGUGCGGCAUUGUUAACGGCCACACUUUAUCCAGGAAUCGUUUUUACAACUUGUUUCUUUCUGAAUUUCUUCAUAUGGGGAAAACACAGCUCAGGCGCCGUACCGUUCACAACGAUGCUCGCGUUGUUGUGCCUUUGGUUCGGCAUAUCACUUCCGCUUGUUUGUCUUGGAUACUUUUUUGGAUAUCGCAAACAACCGUUCACGCAUCCUGUUCGAACUAAUCAAAUAUCUCGACAGGUUCCUGAACAAUUGUGGUACAUGAAUCCCGUACUGUGUACACUUAUGGCAGGAAUUCUACCAUUUGGAGCAGUUUUCAUAGAACUAUUUUUUAUCCUGACGGCCCUGUGGGAAAAUCAAUUUUACUAUCUCUUCGGCUUCCUGUUUCUUGUCUUUUGCAUCCUCUUCAUAUCGUGCUCUCAGAUAUCCAUAGUUAUGGUCUAUUUUCAAUUGUGUGGAGAGGACUACAGAUGGUGGUGGAGAAGUUUCAUAGUGAGUGGAGGUUCGGCGGUUUACGUUCUUGCUUAUUCGAUCUUUUACUUCAUGACGAAAUUAGAAAUAACAGAAUUAGUGCCGACCCUCAUGUACUUCAGUUAUACGCUGUUGAUGGUUCUCACUUUCUGGCUGCUGACCGGUACAAUCGGAUUUUUCGCAGCUUACGCGUUCAUCCGAAAGAUCUACGCUGCCGUGAAAAUCGACUAAUAGAAUAAAAACUAAUGAAGUUAAGUAAAGAAAAUGAAAGAAAAUUUGCCCAAUUGAUGAAACGACGAGAGAACAUUGGGCGUUACCCGAUUUGUGCACCAAGAAAAUCGAAUCUGGCCAAUUGUCAAUCGAGCCUGUUCUUGUGAUUUUCGCCUCAGAUGUGAAGAAAAUGUAUAUUAUAUGGAUAAAUAGAGGAGAAAUGAUGUACGAUUUUUGAUCGUUACGAAAAUAUCGCACGCAUUUCAGCGAAGUUUCUUAUUUUGUCUCUCCUCCGUUCCAUUCAGAUUCAAGUAUUGACGUCUUGACAUCGGCGAGAAAAUACUUCAAAAAGAUUAAAUUCAAAGUCGUGAGGAUAAUUAUUGACAAGAAACUUGUCAAUUUUUGUUGUCUGCCUCGAUACACAUCUUGCAUUUAAAAACAAAAAGGAAAAAUUUUCUACAAAAGUAAUUAGCAUAGUGAAAAAUAUUUAUUCAAAUAUUUGAAAUUGCACUUAUAACUCUUUGAUAGGGUGAAGUGUAUAAUUCAGCAGGUUUUGGAAGUGAAAACAUGAUCGGAAUUUUUUGAGCCACCUAAAUUGCGUAGGAAAGUUUACACUGAAAUUGAUUUUUUUAAAUAUUUUUUUCGCCGUGUUCUUUCUGAGCACAUGUCUUGACCAUUUUGUUUUGCGUUCCGAAAAUUCGAGCGUGACGUACUUAUAAUUCUGAUUUACGCUAGAGCGAAGAAAGGGGGGGGGGGGAUUAACGCGUCGAGUUGUAAAUACGACAAUAUUUUUAAUCGACGAUGCGAUAUUUUGUUUCAUUGUAAUUUUUUUGUUCGUUUUCAUCUGUAUACUAUCAAUUAAUCUAGAUUACAAAUCAAUGUAUUUUCAUUUCUACGACCAUAUCGAAUGAUGUAUUUCGGCGAUGAAAUUUCAAGAUGAAGAGGAGCGAAAUAAUAAUUCGAAAUUUGUGAAGAAAUCACUGUUUUGGAAAUUUGAAGUGAAUCCAGAUAUUUUUUUAACGAGGAAAUAUUUACUCGGUUGUACAAUUUUCAUAAUUUGUACCAAUUUUCAUUUUAACAGUACAUGUGAACAAAAGAUUUCUGUUUGAGCAAUGUUCAAUUUUUGGAUCUUCGGAUUGAUUGCAAAAAAAUUAUAAAAUGAGUUAAACUCGGCCGAUGAAUUAUAGGAUUAAGGACUGUUUGUAUGAAUUGCCAUAUCAAGCGAAUCGUUCUGAAAACCGAUGUAAUUACUCUAAGAUGUAAAAAUAUGUUUCAAUGAAAAUUGGUAUAAAUAUUGCUCGACGAAUGUACAAUACGUGUCUUGUAAUUGAAUUUUGAAAGUUCUUUGUAUUGUACCGAGGAUUGAUUUCAAACUUAUUUUCACUUCGUAUGGUAUAUAUCUUCCUUUAAAUGCGCGCCAGUACAAGUACAAUAAAACAACACAAUUGGAAAAUCAGAGGUUUGAGCGUAUUCGUCAGAUAUUUUUUUUUAAUCAUAUUCGAAGAAUUACUGUAUAAAAAGUAUGGAAAAAAUAAACAAAAAAUUCAUAAAUUUCA